UUCAUUUGUCCUCUGGAAACAUCGGAAACCGUUUGAAUGAUAUGCUAUCAAAAGACAUACUGGCGGUGCCAGGCGAACCGCCUGGACCGCAAACUGGACUGACUGGACUUUGGAGGUGAAUUGCGGUAGGUUUCCUGUAUCCUGUAGUCGAUGGCGCAGAUAAAGAGAAUGACCGAAACACCGCUGCACUAUUUCAGUUAUUCAGAUGCUGCCGAAAAACGCAAUGUAUUUUAUUUGGUCGGAAAUGGAAUUUCGUCUCUUCGCUCACGAAUUGUAUGCUGGUAUGGACUGUGCUGCACAGAAUGCGAAUCAAAGAGGCAAGCGCACGGACCACCAUGCUGCCUGGAUAAUUGGUAAUUGCUCUCAAUGAAAACAAGGAGGAGGGGUGUAGCUGCAGCACGAUGGCUGAGAAGGAGAAUAAUCUCAGGACAGCCAGGUUAUGGAGGGAUGCCGCUUUGCGUUCACGGAAGCUGAGGAGCAAUCUGCGGCAGCUCACUCUGAGCAGCAAAAACAGCCAGAAAAUUAUAUUACCGGAGGAUAUUAAAGAGAUUGAGGUCCUUAAUCUGGGAAAUAAUUGCCUGCAGGAGCUUCCAGAAGGACUGGGCUCGACCCUAACAAAGCUUCGCAUACUCGUGCUUCGCAGAAAUAAAUUUGCAACUGUUCCUCCUGCUGUAUUCCAACUUGGUCAGUUAGUUGAGCUGGAUAUUAGUCACAACUGCCUGGGUUUCUUCUCUGAGGACAUUGUUCUCCUGAAGGGCCUGAAAAAGCUUUGCAUCAGUCAUAACAAGAUCCAGUACCUGCCGUCUCAGCUCGGAACACUCAAGUGCUUGGAGGAGCUUGACAUCAGUUUCAAUGAGUUGCAGGAUUUUCCCAGAUCUUUCUCACAGCUUGGAAAACUUAGAACACUAGAUGUGGACCACAACAAGCUUCAGCACUUCCCUCCAGAAAUUCUUGCCCUUAGUGACUUGGAAGAGCUUGAUUGCUCUGGGAAUAAAUUGGAGGGUCUCCCAGGAAAUAUUAUGAUGCUCCAGUCCUUAAAAAUCCUAUGGCUGAGCAACACACACAUUUCCUCUUUACCUGAGACGUUCUGUGAUCUUCAGAAUCUUGAGAGUUUGAUGCUGGAUAACAAUUUCCUGACAACUCUGCCACAGUCAUUUGGCAAAAUGCAGAAGCUUAAAAUGCUAAAUAUUUCAUCCAAUUCUUUUGAAGAAUUUCCUCAGGUUAUUCUCAAAAUCACUGGUUUGGAAGAACUGUAUCUGAGCAGAAAUAAACUGACUUUUCUUCCAGAUGAGAUAGGACAUCUGGUAAAGCUUGUAAAUUUGUGGUUGGACAAUAAUAGAAUAACGUUUCUCCCGGAUUCUAUUGUAGACCUGGAGAAACUCGAGGAACUUGUUUUACAGGGUAACCAAAUCGCAAUACUUCCGGACAAUUUUGGAAAACUUGCCAAAGUUAACAUUUGGAAAGUGAAAGACAACCCUCUCAUACAACCUCCUUAUGAAGUCUGCAUGAAGGGUAUCCCUUACAUUGCUGCCUAUCAGAAGGAGCUUGCAAACUCGCAACCUGCUGUGAAACCAAGAUUAAAACUGAUUUUGAUGGGGCAGAGUAAUGCAGGCAAAACCAGGCUCCGGCAGUGUGUUGUUAGCAAACCUCUAGAUGCCAAGGCGCUCGGUGCAAGUAGUGGAAUUGACGUGACGAACUGGGUAGCGGAUGCAGAUCGGUCAAUUACUUUUACAGUGUAUGACUUAUCAGGGAAACAGAAUUAUGAUCUCAUCAAACCAUUUUUCCUGUCACCGGGGGCUCUCUAUAUUCUGGUUGUAAAUUUAAAGUUAUACACAUCCAAGAGUUUUUACAGCCACGUGGGGUAUUUUCUUCACCUUCUCACUGCCAAGGUGCCACAUGCAGUGGUGUGCGUUGUGGGCACACACACCGACUUGUGUGACGACAUGGAGAUGGAAGAGAAGUGCCUUGAUAUCCACAGACAGAUUGCACUGCAGGAGAAGAGGGACACGGAGUCCCUGCAAACUCUGGCCAAGCAGGUGGACCAAGCCCUUCAACUUGGCUUUGAUGUUAGGACAUCCAGCCCUCAUGUUCUUUUCUACGGUGUAUCCGACAAAAACCUGAGACGCAAAAAGGCGCAGUUGCAGUACAUGCUCAACAGUAGGUUGCAAAUCUUGUCCCCAGUAUUUUGUGUCAGUUGUGUUGAGCCCCAGAAGAACAUCCGACGCUUGAAGGAGAAACUCAUGUCUGUUGCCGACCACAGGGAAAUUUUCCCCAACCUUCAUCGAGUACUGCCAAAAUCAUGGCAGAUGCUAGAAGAACUACAUUGCAAGUCACGGGACCUUUGGCUCUCCUGGUGGGACUCGGCUCGUCUGGGUCUGCAAGCAGGACUGACAGAAGAUCGUCUUCAGAGUGCACUCUCGUAUCUGCAUGAGAGUGGCAAACUGCUGUACUUUGAAGACAGUUUGACACUCAAGGAAUAUGUCUUCCACAACCUGCCAAGGUUUAUUGCUAUCCUGAAUGUUUUCUUUCAGAGAGACUCUAAUGCACUGCUAGAGAAGCUACAAGCUGAAGAGGAUAGUGAAGACAAUGUAAGGGCAACCCAGAUGCAGAACUACGUGGAGGGCUUCCUGCAGCAUGGCCUACUGCCAUCUAACGUUAUUCGCUUGCUUCUCAAGCCUCAAGUACAGACCCAGCAGGACUUUCACCUGAUUAUGGAGCUGCUUGAAAAGAUGGGGGUGUGCUACUCCAUCAACAAGCCACGCUGCAGGCCACUGAAUGGGGCAGUUGUCUGGUACAAGUUCCCUAGUCAUGUUAGCGCUGAGGAGCCCUAUGCUGAGGCCUGGGUCAGAGGAGGAUCGCCGAUCCCUGGUCAGUUCUUUUCGGUUGAGCAGCUUCAAAUUGAGUACAGUUUUCCUUUUUUCAUUCCCCCUGGACUCUUUGAACGCUAUAGUGUGCAAAUUAACAGCCAUGUGGUGCAACGCUCUGAUGGAAGGCAUCACAUCUUUGCUUAUCGGGGUAAAGUGCCUGUGAUGGUGAGCUACCGGCCUUCUCGGAACAAACUACAGGCUGAAACCCUCUCCAUUUCUAGCCAUGCCUCUUUGCCAAAUAUCUGGACAGCUUGGCAAGCCAUAACCCCCCUGGUGGAGGAAUUGAACGUCCUUCUUCAGGAAUGGCCUGGCCUCCACUACUCGGUAAAUGUCUUGUGUUCCAAGUGCCUGAAGAGAGGGUCUACUAACCCCCAUUCUUUUCCAGGUGAGCUGCUAAGCCAGCCACGACCCGAGGGACUGACGGAGAUUAUCUGCCCCAAGAACGGUACGGAGCGGGUCAACGUGGCGCUGGUCUACCCUCCCACGCCCACCGUGGUUAGCCCCUGCUUCAAAUGAGUCUCGACACAACCCACUGGCCUGUCAAUCAAAAGCCCCAACACUGCUGCACACCCUCUUUUCUGUACCAACCGCGCGAGUCAUAGCCAUGUAAACAGCGUGUGUUCCGCCCCAUUCCUGUUUGCCCAUCCCUGUCAGCUCAGGAGAACACAGCGUGAUCGAAAACAUAACCCCACAGCCUUGCUCGGCCCUCCGGAUAAACGUACAGCUUUGUCCUGUGUUAAAACUUGGGGGUAACCC